UGGCUGCUGUAUCAUGAGAAAGUAUUUCACUUUCCUGUUACUUGGCAGAUAAAGAUAAAUGAAGCCUUUUAGCUCAUUGAACGAAGUCAAGUUUUCAUAAUUUGUUAGUGUUCAUCAGUGAAGUUAAAUUUUUUACUGCUAAUCUUGAAGUUAUUCUGCAGUUCGAGCUCUGCAGAGAAAAUGCACACUGAAUUUAUUCUUUGAAAUGGUUAAGGACAAUCACUCUGUGGAACUGUGGAAACUUGUGAGGAAAACUUACUGAGAAUUCUUUUGCAGCAGAAUUUUCCUAAACUUAAAUGACCAUCAAGAAAAAUUAGCAUGAUGGCAUCAACGAGCAAUACAGCUUUUAAAUGUGCUUUAUGUAGCCAAGUAUGUGCAAGCAAGCCUGAUUUAAGUGAACACAUGUCUCUUCACUUGGGGAAUAAGAAAUAUUCAUGUACGCUUUGUGGUAAAAAGUUCUUUAAUGAGAAGAGUCUUGAAUUGCAUAUCAGUAUACAUGCCACUGAAAUAAAAUAUGAAGCUAUGUCUACAUCUUCAGAGGAGCAGAUUAUGCUCUCAGAUCACGUUGAUAACUUGAUAAAUGAGAACCAGGGUAAUAAAAUCCCACAGGUGAAAGUGCGUGUUAAAAGUUUUCCCGCUAAUACCACUCCAGUAAAGGAAACACACUUGAAAAAUUUAGACAGUGAUCAGAUGCACUUCCAGUUGACCGAUGAAGAAUUUGGCGUUAUCGAGGAAUCGGAAGUGUACACUACUUGUGGAGAGGUUUUGCAGGAGAAAAGGCCAGUCCAGUUAAAAGUGUGGUCAAAGGAUCAGAAUUGUAAACAGGUUUCAGAUGUUAAUCCAUGUAAAGCUCCCUAUGUUAUCAGAGUCAUGGACAAAAAUCAGGAAAGUCAGAGAGUCAUGGAAUCUGAUAUAUUUAGAGGUAAUGAAGGUCACAGCCAGCUUCCAAUUAGAAUAUUUGUUGGCAGUAAUAUAAGGUUAGAAAAUCUAGAAGAUUUACACAGUUUCUCAUCUCUGACAGAUGAUUUCAAAGCAGAGGGUUUGUCUGCAGUUAAUAUUGGUCAUGAACAUGGUUAUGGAUAUGAAUCAUAUGAGGAAAGCUCAUAUCAAGAGGAAAGUCAGCAAAACCAGCCACUACAGGGAAUCAAAGAUUUACAGUCACUACAAGAAGUCAUUGAAGAAGGAGAUUUACAAUCUUUACAGGAAGAAUUAGGUUCAGAAGAGCUGAAAUCACUGGAAGAAACAAUAGCCAAUGAGCACUUACAAACUCCAAGGAGGGUUAUUGUUAAUUCAAGUGUAAAAUUACCAGAGGAACACAAAGGUCCAUUUUUACCACAGACUGCAGUUGUAAAAGAAGCUCAGACUCCUGUUGCAGACGAAGUUGAAGACCAAACCUCAAAUGUGUUCACCUGUGAAAGUGCACAGCUAACUCAGGAAGGCAUAACUGAUGGAAAUGGGCAGUCAUCACAGUGUGAAUUUGAAGAAAAAAUCCUGCCUGUGCAGAAACCACAGGAGGUUGACUCACAUACAUCUUUAAAGAUGUGUCCUUUGCCACUGUCAGAACUUCACAGUGGAGAGCAUGAAGAAGUUUGGGAAGAAACCAAAAAGAUACAGUCUUCCAACAGUGAAGAAUGCGUAGGUAAACAACAACAACUGUCGCUGGGAGCUGGUACAAGAAUUUCAUCGUGUAAUAAGGAUGAGGAUCCAAUAAAUGUAACAAGUAAUUUUGAAACAGAAAACAGCAUGGUCCCAGUUUUAGGGAAUGAAGAUGAAGGUAACUUUAGGUGUGCUGAUGAACUUGAUCCUGUUAAAGAAAAAGAUGAAGCUGGUCAACCAUCAAAAGUAGCAGAAACAUGGGAGGUUGAAAGAGAUGCCUAUGAAUUCAAGAGGCAGGUUAUGCAAUCCAGCAAACGGCCACACAGGUGCCAAGUUUGUGGGCUUGGGUUUAGAUUUGCAUUCUAUUUAAAAGCCCACCAAUCGGUUCACUGGAGUGGUAAUCGGAAGCUUUUAUGUGAUAUAUGUGGUAAAGGUUUUAAAACAAUGGAUAGCUAUGAGAAACACCAAAAAAUUCAUGAGGCUCCAAAGACUUUCCAGUAUCCAGGAUGUAUGAAGGAACUUGGAAGUGAAGACCAGCUGAAAAGACAUGUCGUACUCCACAAGCAAAUGAAACAAUAUGAGUGCCAAAUUUGUCAUGAAAAGUUUACCACUAAUCGUUUACUCAGGUCACAUUCAAAGUGCCACACAAUUAACAAGUGUUACAUAUGUGAUAAAAUUUUCAGAGAAAGCAGUAAACUUAAGAGACACCUUACAACUCACUUGAACAAGAAACUUUAUGAUUGCACUUCUUGUGGAAGGACACUAUACUGUCAUCCUACUGAUUUUGAGCGACACAAAAUGAUGCAUCAAAACCUAGUUACCUGCCCAGAUUGCUUCAGAGAUUUCCCUUUUGAAAAUUUUCAGAGGCAUAUGAAGACUUGUUCUGGAAAAAUUUGUGAGUAUGAUACUUACAAAGAGAGCCAUAAUAAGAAAAGUGGUGAUUCUAGAAGAGAUUUUCUUAUUGAAACUGAAGAUGAAAAUAAAGUUCGAAGCAGAGUUGCGGAGGUAUUGAUAGAUGACUUACUGCAUGAUAUGUCCAAAGAAGAUAUGCAAGGGAACCCAUUCCUCUGUGAUGCUGAAGAUUGGCUAGAAACAACUUCAGAAGGUAUGACAAAAGAAAAGUUGAAGGACAGCAUAGCAGACUGUACUACAAAAGGUGAUGUCUUGAGGGAAUUGUCUAUAUAUUUUGAAAAUGACAUUAUUAAAGAUGCAAUAUCAGAUUGCCUACUAAGAGAAAGGGUAGCUGUUCAGCAGUUAUCUUGUAACCUUGCUGCGAGUGAAAAAUUGAUUACUUUCCAAGCAGUUGGCAGAAAAAGGAAGAGGAGAAUUAAUUUAGCUUAAAGUAUGCAUAAUUUGCAGGUACAGUACCUGCAUAACGAAUUGAGAAGGCUGGCCUCAUAUUUUCCUGUACGUACAUAAAAAAAGGAUUACAGAUUUUGUUCAGAAGACAAAAGUUGAAUCUUCUCAUGGCUUCUUGCAAAUAUUUGAUGCAUCCCUUUUCAACAUUUAGCAUGGUGUUACAAUUAUGUGUUGUUUACUCAUAAAUGGCAAGAAAUUUAUUACCAACCAUUUCAGUUUUUCUACAUUUUUGAAUUAUUGGUGCCCCCAUUGUUGACAUUAAUUAUGAAGGAAUGUGUACAUGUUUUGAGUGUAAUAUGAAGGGAAAUGCAGUCUUGUGUUGUUUGAAAUUCAAAGCUCUUUUUCAUGGCAAUGGGAAAUGCAAUACAAUUUUGUGACAAUUGUUUUUAUCCCAAAAAGGGGUUUAAAAUUCUCAUGUUAUUUUCAAUUGAUAAUGAAUGCAGUGGAUUUAGGUAUUGAAAAUGUUCUGAAGGCAGAACAUCUUUGCUUAUAUACAAAAUCGUCAGCAAUAAUGUUAACCUGUAAACUAAACAACUAGGAAUCAGUACAUUUGAAUUGAGGAAGUAAUCAUAUUAAUUUAUGCUGAGGAGUGUAACUGAAGGCUUUUAUAUACAGUACUACAUUAAGAUUCUCAUGAGUUUGGGCAAGUGAUGCUUGGAAUAUGAGAAAAAAUUCUAUUUGGAAUAUCAGUAAUUUGUCUCAUUGUUAGGAAAGAAGUUUCAGUUACUGAACUGGUAAAGCAGCAUGCAAUAGUGUAUACAGACCAGAAAAUAAUCAGCCAGCUAGUGUAUGCUCAUGCUCUCAUUUGUUUCAGAGUUUUCCAUUGUCAUAUGAGCUAGAUCAAAUAUCAGUCUCACACCUUAUGUAUGUAUAGCUGCAAUUCUUUCUUAUGUGGAGAAAGUCAUACCUUCUUAAUGUUUUACAAUUAGCAGUGGUGAAACUUGUAAAUGAGUUACAAGGGCUCUAUAGAUGUACAGUUUUACUGUCAUAAACUUGAAUCAACAUAAGCAAAAUUAGCUGUGUAAAUAUGGCUAAAUAUGUACUGUAUUAAUUAGACCACUGAUUUGAAAAUUCAAACCUUAUCAGUAAUUGUAAUAGUACAGUAUUUAGUCAAAUUAUGCUAUUAAUUUUGCUUAUUGUUUAACCUAGCUUUUCAAAUGUUAUUUAUUGUCAGAUUGGCAUCAUAAGAUGAGCAAACUUUUGUCUCAAGUAACAAGAUUUUAUGUAGCUAUUGGUGCUAAUAUCCCUAGACAGCAUGUAGUCUUUGUAGCUAAUCCUGAUUCUUAACUGAGGUAGAUAAAUUUUUCAUUCAAAUUUCAGAAGCACUUCAGAUAAAAGUGGAGUAUAGCUAGACAAAGAUUUUAGAAAGUAUAUCUGAUCUGUCAUUAAUGUCUUUAUUUUUCUGUCUCUGUUAAGUAUAUUGACAGAUUUCUUCCUUCUGGUCUUUUUGGCAGAUAUGUAGAAGUCAUGAAGAUUUUGGACUCGGCUGGAUUGUAGGCAGAAAAGUGAUCUUUGUGUGCCCUAUUCAUUGUAUAAAGUUGUUGCAAUAAUUUUGUAAUGAAGUGAAAGUAUAUAGUGAAUCAGUUUUUUGUAUUUUAUAUAAUUAUUAUGAGUACAUAGUCAUGUAUUAUUCAUAAGGUAGAGAGAUGUGGUAUUUAGCUUGAAGUACGUAUAGCAGAGAUUGAGUGUGAUUGUUUCAAAUAGAUAUUACUUAUUUUUAUUAUAUUAUGAUUAUGCUCUGAACCUCCUCUUGUGUAGUUCCUUCUGUGUAUUAAAUUUUGUUAAAGUUACAUGUUUUGAGAAUGACAAAAUGUUCAAGACAAUUUGGUGGGAAAAUAACUAAAGUUUAGGUAAGGAAAGUAACUCAAUGUUUGGUCUAAAUUUCUGGAAGCUUUAGUGUAGUUUCAGGGGCCAAAAUGAACCUUUCAGAUUGGUCAGGGAUAAUCACUUGAAGUCAUUUCAUAAGAUAAAGGAGUCUUUUUCAAAUUCAGUAGUGAGUAACUGAUAUACAUUUGUGACAGAAAAUUUGUUUGAUUUGAUAGUUUUGCUAAAUAGAAAUUAGGAUUUUUAUUAACUGGUACAAGAUAUUUGACAGAAUCAUGUUAGGAGGAACAGAGUUACCAAUAUGUAAUGUCAUGGUUUAUAUAAUAUUCAGUGAAGGAAGAAUAUAGAUUAAAAUAAGAAGAAAAAGCUGUGAUGGGAAUAGUACAUAAUAAAUAUUGAAACUAGUACAUAAACUUGAAUACGUAAUGUUAUUAAGUGAAGGAAUUGUUUCACAGAAAUAGAUUCACAUACAUUCACCAAGAAUGCAUUCGUCACCGACACUAUCAUAGCAUGAAUGAAGUAGAAAU